AGGCUUGAAGAGAGGGAGACAGUGGCAGUUGGGAGGGUGUGUUUGGGAAAUAGAGGUUUAAGAAAGGGUUUUAGUUUAGGUCUACCAACUGGUAGUUAGAGAUUGAAACUCCUUAACCAAACACACCCUUCAACAGCCAAAAACUAAGAGAACCAGAAACCCAAGUCAAGCACCAACUUCCUCAACUGGGGUUUUAAGCAAGAACCCACCACCCAAAGCCAAAAACAGAAAGAAAUUUUACCCACAGCACAUGGUCAAAAAAAGGAAACUAGAAAGAUAGAGAGAGAAAGUUCUCAUCUUUUUAGAGAGAGAAAGUAGUAUGAGUGUGUGUGUGGGAGGGAAGAUGCUCACGUGGGGAUUGAUGGAAUGAUGGAUAGAGAAUAAAUGAUCAGAAAUAAAAGAGAAAAGUGAAUAAUUCAUUGUUCUUUUGAAUAAGAAUUAUUGCUAUUUCUUUUUCAUAAAUUUGUAUAAUAUUUAAAAAAAAAACCCAUUUCUUUUUUCAGUGUGGAUAUUGUGUUCUUGUUUCUUGUGUGUAUGUAAGUAUGUAUAUGUGUAUGUAAUAGUCCGAUGAAAAGUGAAGUCUGUUGGGUUGUGGUGUAUUGGGAUUGGAUUUGUGCAUCAGGCGGAGAUCAGGUGGUGUCUUUGAGAUUUCCUGUUCCCCAAAACACCCGCAAAGAUUACUGAUUUCCAGUUUGUGGAGUGAUACUGUAAUCAGAUUUGAACAAGGGGGCAGGAAAGUUUCAAGUAAGAAAAAAUGGCCACAUAUUACCCUAACUCGAAUAAUGAGAGGGAUGCAACUCCAAUGCUCUAUCUAAGGGAAUCUUUGCCUGUUUCAUAUUCAGAGGCACAAAUUCUUCCUGUUAAUAUGAUGAUGUAUAUGAGCUCUGGGUCGUACUCAGAUGCACCAACUGGGAAUCAUCAGCAGCCAAAUAACUGUAUUGAAAUGCAGUCGGUGGAAGCUUCGAAUUCUACUGCACAGCAUCAAGAAAUCUUGCCAAAUCUGGGAGGUUCAAGAAUGGGCGAGCAUGAUUUUAAUGCUUGGAGGGAUGGGAGAAAUGAGAUGCUGGUUAUGCACUCAUUAGCUGCUCCUGCCAACAUUCUUCAUGGUGGACAGAAUUUACAGGGCCAGGGAUUAUCUCUCAGCCUUGGCACACAGAUUCCAUCUGGAAUCCAAAUGGCUUCCAUUCCAUAUCGAAAUCCAAAUUCUGGCUUUGCCUCAUUCUUGGGUCCCAACCCUUCAGUUACAGGUGAAGGUGGCAGCAGGAAUGCCUCUUCCAGAGAGGAGAAUUCUAGAAAUGCUGAAUAUUUACCACCUGGUCUUUCUGGUGGUAGUCAAGACUCAAAUAAGGGAGAUUUAUCUCCAUAUGGAAUGUCGAAUAUGGCAAGGACUAUUCCUAAUUCUAAGUACCUUAAGGCAGCUCAGGAACUACUGGAUGAAGUUGUAAACGUACGAAAAGCUCUAAAGAAGCCUGACAGAGAGAAGAAUCAAAGUUCACAUGAGCAUGUUGAUAAGAGUACCAAGGAGGGGGAUGGAGACUCAAAAAAGGUGUCUUCAACAGAAGAAUCCGCCAAUAACUCUCCAAGUGAGCUUUCACAUGCGGAAAGACAGGACUUGCAAAAUAAGUUGUCUAAGCUUUUAUCCAUACUGGAUGAGGUUGAUAGAAGGUACAAACAGUACUAUUAUCAGAUGCAGAUUGUAGUGUCAUCAUUUGAUGUGAUAGCAGGGUGUGGUGUGGCUAAACCAUACACUGCACUUGCCCUCCAAACUAUAUCCCGCCACUUUAGGUGUUUGCGUGAUGCAAUUACUGGCCAAAUCAAAGCAGCUCGUAAAAGCCUUGGUGAGCAAGAUGACUCAGAAAAUGGUAAAGGAAUUGGAAUAACUCGCCUCCGCUUUGUGGAUCAGCAGCUCAGGCAACAGAGAGCUCUUCAGCACCUUGGUAUGAUGCAACAACACACAUGGAGACCACAAAGGGGGCUGCCAGAAAGCUCAGUUUCAAUCCUCCGUGCUUGGCUGUUUGAGCACUUUCUUCAUCCUUACCCAAAGGAUUCGGAUAAGAUUAUGCUGGCAAGGCAGACUGGACUGACGAGGAGUCAGGUCUCAAACUGGUUCAUUAAUGCAAGGGUGCGUCUCUGGAAGCCCAUGGUUGAGGAGAUGUACAAAGAAGAGAUUGGUGAUGCAGAGAUGGACUCUAAUUUUUCUUCCGAAAAUGCAGCCAGAGUGACAAAGGGUGAUACGAAGAAUGCAGAGGAUAGAGAAGGGGAAGAAUUGCAACAGAGUGCAAGUUCAGCAGCUACCGACAAAUGCAGCCCUGGACAUUUAAUAGAUUCCAAGACUGACAAUGUUCCGGAUGUAGAAAUGGCCAGAUCAACUGCAAUAAUUGAUUUUCAAAAUGUGAUGCAGAGAGAAGUUGAAACUGAAUAUGGGUUUUUGAAGUCAAGAAACAAUCAAAGGGUCACGAUGGAUGACUCUAAUAUCUUCCAUGAUGCCAUGGUUCAUCCUCAUGGGGGCAGCGAUAGGUAUAUGGCAGCAGCAGCUGCUGCUUAUCACAUGUCGGAAUUAGGGAGGUUUGGUGGUGGAAGUGGGGUGUCUCUAACGUUGGGGUUGCAGCAUUGCGAGGGUGGCAGCUUGCCUAUGGCUGCCACCAGCCAUCACAAUUUUGUUUCCAUGAGAGGAGACGACGUUUACGGUGCUCCAGCAUCCUCAAUUGGGACAGAAACUACAGACUUUGAAUGCAUGAACGCUGGUGAUCGACAGCAGAGGUUUAGUUCAUCUCAUUUGUUACAUGAUUUCGUAGCGUGAAAACGAUGGAUCUCAGAUUGACAUGGCUUCCUGUUAUUAAUUUUGAGGAGGGGAGGAAAGGGAAAUCAUCAAUGGAGGAUCUUUCCACUCCUUAGAGAACAUUCAUCUUGCAUACAAAUGCUGAAGGGUGGGUUGAUGAUCCUCUCAAUAUUAACUGAAUAUAAAAUACAGUUGUAAUAUAGCAGGAAAUUAGUUGGAAGAUCACAAUAUUUGUAAAGAUGAUAUACUUGUAUGUUUUUUUUGACAGUAUGAGGAGGAGAAACUGUAUAAUUAGCAACAAUUUGUAUUCAAGGAGAAAUGGGGAGUUCAGAAUAAGGAUUGUGAGUAACAGGUUCUAGGUA